AAAUAUCGAUUGGGGCAGGUGGCGCGAUCGUUUAUCUUUCUGACCCGGAGCUGGAAUGGCAGGAAGUUUUAUUGAAGUCACAAUCUGUUUUGCCUAGUGUCUUGGAGUAUUUAAAUGAAAACAUGGGUGAGAAUUUACCAUAA